CAACAAGGGAUGGCCGGAGACCAUACUAACUAUAUUAUCGCAUCCACUCUUCUCACUAACAUGCCUGCACGGAUUUUGUGCUAGUGCUGCCACAGCAUCUGCACUCUCUAAGCACCUCUAUCACUUAUCAGAGAUGAUGCUGUUCCAGGUUUUCUUCAUGGGUUUGGCAGCCCAACUUGCGACAGCUUUGGUCCAAGAUGUUCCAGCACUGAACGGACCGGUUCCGUAUGUGCCUUCCACCGAAGGCGCAAAAAGGACCCCGUCAGACUUCGUUCAUCCAGGCCUCUGGCACUCCCACAAGGACCUCGAGACAAUGCGAGAUGGCGUCCUUAAUGGAAUCAAUCCGUGGAAAUCUGCCCACGACAUAUUUGCAAACGAUAGCUACUCAUUGUCGUCUUACACCAUGAAAGGGCCCUUCCCCAUCAUUUCCCGUGGACAAGUCAGCAACUACACGUCUUUCGCAUCUGACGCACGUGCUGCCUACCAAAACGCCAUCAUGUGGUACAUCACCAAAGACGACGCUCAUUACGACAAGAGCACGAGCAUCCUCGACGCCUGGGGUACAACCCUGACCAACAUCGUCGGCACUGACCGCUCCCUCAUGAUCGGACUAGAUGGCGGCCUCUUCGUCAACGCCGCCGAGAUCAUGCGCUGGGAAGGCGGCUGGGUCGAGGCGCAGUCCAAAUGGCAAGGCGGCGUCGGCUUCAGUGUGCAGCUUUACUGGCUGUUCGCACGCCAGAGCAUCAUCAUCGGUCAAGCCAACUACGGCAUCAUCUCCAUCAAGGCGCUACUCGAGAUGGCCGUCUACCUAGAGGACGUGGCGCUCUACAACUACGCGCUGUGGGCGUACAAGAAUGAUCCCUGCGCCGGGAUCGAGUCCACUAUCUCGACCAAGACUGGGCAAAAUGGGGAGUCCGGACGCGACCAGGCCCAUGCGGCGUUGUCGUUGGGCGCGUUGGGGCUGGCGAGUCGGACGGUGGGGAAUCAGGGAUUUGAUUUGUUUUCGUACGGUGACAAUUUGUUGCUGAAAGGGGCGGAGUACACGGCUAAGUACAACCUCAACGAAACUGUCCCUUACGAUCCGGACUUUCGGAGGUGUGAAGCCGUUUUAGUUGCUGGGCCGUGGAAGGAGAUUUCGAUCCAGAAUAGGGGUAUCGGGGUUUAUGGAACAUUGACGCAACCUAUCUGGGAUCUGUUAUAUUACGGGGCAACGGCGCGGGGAUUGCAGACUCCUUGGACGGCGAAGGCAAAAGCGGCUUUUGAUGCUGCGGGGGGCGAGGUGCGCGUCACUUGGAACGACAUGCCGAGCUGGGGUGAUCUGCUCUUUGCGACUGGGAAGCCUGGGAAUGGUACAUUUACUAAAAGGGAAGUUGGUCGGGGGCGGUGACCCCUGUUGCGUCAACUUUACUUGGAUACCUUUAUCCAUGGGGCUCGGUUCGGUGCAUACACAAUACAUGUUGAAC